GCCACGAUUACUAUACUGCCGGCAACGCUUAGGAAAGUAAGAUUCCUGCAUUUCAAGCAAUGAUUCAUCCUUUGAAUCGCCGAACCAGUCGAGUUGGCGCUGUUGUCGAUGUAAAAUGGAAAUUCAGUUAUUGAUGCAGAAAUAGGAUCAACUACACUUGUUAAACAUAUAUAUAUAUAUAUACAUGCAUUGAAACUUGAAGAAAGAAUAUAACUCUCAUUGAGAUCUUUUACAAGAAAAAGCGUGUUUCUCUACGGAUACAAAAAGUACCUAAACAGUAUCGUUCUUGAUCAGCCUUAAGAUACACAAAUGGCAAGAAUGUUUAUGCAUUUAAAUGAAGAUAUCUUCACAGAAAACAGGUUUUUUUCGGGACCUGCCUAGGAACAGAAUGGACAGGUCGACAGGUAAAGAUGCAAGAUCUUGCUUGGCGCGCCAUCAUGCAUUCACGGGACCCGUGUUCGGCAUAAUAAUGCAACGUAAUUCCAAUAUACUGUCUGCGUUUUGUAUCUGCUGCGAUCGACACGAAGAAAUUAUCUAUCAGAAACAUCUCUCAAUACAUACAAUAAUUGGCCAUGCAAUUUAUUCGAUCAGAAAAUGUUCAGCCUAUAAUCUUUUAUUAUUUAUUACAUGUCCACAUUAAGAGUUCGAUGUUACGAUUGCUUGAAAAGGCUUCUUGUGCUCUACUGACAUAACAAGACGACGUACUCGCUAGUCUGAAAGAUUUGGGAUAAUCGACGCCUUGUUCACCAGAUCGCGUAACCGACAUCGUGAUCGAUGGAUUCUAAGAACGAGAGAAGCAAUGAAAUUAAUCACGCGUGCUUACUGUAUCGUGUUUCUUGUUCUCAAUUAAUUUGCAACAAUCGACGACACGCGUACAGUUAUCUUUCUCAAUUGCAACCAAACGACGUCAUGAUUGUUUGGAUCAACGAUUAAAUAACGCGUCUAUUCUGUUCCUCAGAGACGAAACGAAUUUUUAUUUCGUUUACUAUAUCUGAUCGUUGGAGUUGCACGUGUUGUCGUAAUCACGUCUCGCUGUCGUCCUACGCGGGAAAGGAACCAACUUUUCAUUCGCCAGGUCUCGCAGCUGUUCACCGGUCGCGAUAACGUGGGCGACGGCGACCUCACUCAACGAAAACUUUAUAUUUUCGAAAGAAAUAACCGAUACAUUCGUUGAAGUGGAUCUUGAAGUAAUGGCGGCAUCAGACAGCUUCGCGAUGAAAGCAACACUCCUGGGAAUGAAGAACUCAUCGAAGAACUAUCUCCUGAACUAGAUGCCGUCGGCAAAUCUUGUUAUAGUGGAUGCCGCGGGAUAUGCAAUCGAGAGAUAUCCCGCGGUGCUUCUUUCGAUCCACUUAAAAUUUUUUGGGCCCCGUUACUCCGGUUUUCUUGCGCUACUUGCAUCAGGAGAAUGCUCGCGUAACAGACUACUCGUACUUCGUAUAUGAAACACUUACUCUUCCUAAGAACAUCUCGUAAAAGUACUUUAAUUUCUUAAACAUAUGUAUUUUUAAUUUUAUAUUUGGUACAAGUUUUGGGAAAUUUCCCUGUUCUCUUUGUUUCCUUAUUAUAUCUUAAGCGUAAUUAUAUUGAAUUUAGGUAUUUACAGUAUUUAUUGCUCGGAUAAGUCAUUAAAAAAUUAAGUCGUUCGGAAAAACGAUCCAAGGAUCUUCAAUGAAUAGAAAAAUUAUCGAUGGACACGAUUAGUAAACAAUUUUGUUUCAUCAUGAUCUCGCCCAAUUAUCUCGGCGCGUGUUAAACCUUAACAAACAAUAUGACGUUAUCGGGUUAGUGUACAGUUGCAGAUGCAGAAAACAACACCCAUGGGAAAGGACACGAACUCGUCGAUGACCAUGGGGAAAGAGUCCACUUGAUGUUGGGGGUCCCUUUGAAUGCAUGCAGCACGGCACGGUCCCGGAAAUCAGUCCCGUCACGCAGGCCGGAAACUGGACGAUGCCACGUUGCUGGAUUGACAUUAAAUCCCAUCAACCAUUCUCUCUGUUCAAAGCAAUUACUCAUUCCAUGUUAACGUAUUACAAAUUACAAAUUAAGCUUGAUUUUCGUGAUCCGCUUAAUAGAUCAUCUAAUCUAAAAACGCAAAUUUCUAAAAAUAUUCGUAUAACACACUAACUAUAAAUCACCAUUACAUAUAUAAGGUAUAUAUCGUCCAUUUCUCCAUUCUCAAGAAUUUUUUCUCCAGUAUCAAAGCUCAGAGAAGUCUCAUCGAUACUUCUCUCUUCCCAGAUUUCUCUUCGAACUGCACGAAUGAAGGAUGAAAUUGGUCCAUCAAAAUCGAAUUCCACAUCGACUGCAUAUAAUAUGGUGCUUUGUCGGCUCGCUUCCGCCACAGGUCCCGUAGCCUGAAAUUUAAAGAUCCUCAGGGGUAACAUUAUUUUCAGGUCGUAACACUCGGUUUAAGACGAUAUUCGGUUUCGGUACCGACGAACAGGUUCGCCUUGCAAGUGUGGGUACACGUACGCGCGUGUGCAGGUGCACGAUGGGCGUACGCCGUGCAGCUUGCAAAGAAUUGCACACGAAGGAAGAGACUCGCCUGUGGGAAAGUAACGCAACACCAUGAGAGCCAGCGACCUGGACCGCUGCUGCCAAACUCCCAUAGCGGCGUAUGCAUGCCAUAGCAGCGUGCUCGUGGUGCUGGACGUGCUUGUUGCGUGCACGAGGAUAAAGUGGCUGACCACCGUGGUUCCGAUAUGCUCUCUGACUUCGUUCUAACCGAGUUCCCGUCCCUGGUGAGAUCAAAGAGGGAUGCUGAAGCACGUGUCAGUCUCGCCGUGGCGAGGGCGAGCAGAUAGCGUGAGCCUGGCUUCGAGCGGGGGUGCGAGUAGCUGCGGAAGCGGAAGUCCUACCCCUGGACACACACCACCGCCAUCAAGGGCAUCUUCGUGCGCUUCGCUUGCGCCCUUAACCGCCCUUUCGAGCUUUUCUCCCGCCGACGCAACUCCACAGCAGACAACCAUAAAAGUGUACGCCAACUGCCUGCGACCAGACAUCGAGUACAAGACCCUGUGCAUCUCGUACGAAACGACUUGUCGUGAGAUCGUCCAGAACUUAUUGAACAAGUAUCGCAUGAGGCACCGUGAUCCCAAGCUGUACUACCUCACCAUGGAGGUCACCGUACGAAGACCGAACGUGAGGACUGUUCUUCCUUUGGACGAGGAUGCAAGGCCUGCCGUCUUACAAUCGUGUCAUCCUCGUGGCGAUUCCAGAUUCUCGUUGCAAACACGCCGUGGUGGACUUGUCAAAAUAUACGACAGCGCGCUCAUGUCCGGAUCAAAGUACAAGAGUCUACUAGUCUCAGAACAGACUACCGUCGACGAACUGAUCCAGAUGUUAUUGAGCUGCUACAGUUCUAAAGAACGCGUCGAACAAUUCUCUCUAUACGAAGUCUGCGAAGGCGAAGAGUACCAAAGGAAGUUGCAUCCUGACGACUCACCCCUUAAAGUCACGCAACGAUGGGCAAGCGCCGAUCGUCAUCUUCGCAUAAGACGCAACCCUGACUACAAUCCUCAUAGAAGAAAAAGCAUGUGGGCGUCGGACUCGAGCAUCAGCAUGGCGAUGUCAAGACUGAACCUCCACAGUACCCAUCAGGCCCAUUACAACCCAGGAAACGACAACAACAAUCAUUUGCAGUUGUAUCAGCAUAAAGAUGCCAGUCCGAUCAACAAUAAUAACAUCCAUAAGAUCGACCAACAUCAUCUGUCCUUGGGCUCGCUGAAUCAGCAACCAAGAAUCGUGGUACCCCACGCGACACAACUACCGCAGUUGCAACUACCUCGAAUGCAACAAUUGCCUCAGAGCGUCCCAUCAACGCCAAUCUCAUCGAAACACAUCACAGCGUCCUCGUACGCGGACUACGAAAAUUAUUUGUUCAUAUAAACGUUGUAUAAUUAAUUGUAAUUUGUUGAUAGAAUUGAUUCAUGAAUGCUAUACAAUGUGAAAAUGAAAAAUGAAGUUGCAGCUGCAUGAAAUGUGCUGAUAAUUGGCUGCAGCUUUUUCUCAAUCGUGUUAAGCAGUAUUUGAAGCAAGAAGUUGAGUAAUGGUGAGAGCUAAAAUGUAGCGAGAUUUUUCAGGUAGGGCCUAGUUUUCUUUGAAAAUUAGAAUUUGAGGGAAGAUUUUGGAGGAAGAUUAAUUUGCAGGAAUGUAGUUCUUCAGAUUUGAGAUUAUUUGUGAAUGGUAAUGGAUUAUGAAGGAAUAGAAAGUAAAUGGUAAAAAGGAGCACUGAUUCGUGUCUCGGCUAUAUCACGUCGAUCAGACAGAACAAAGAGAAUUUACGAUUAUAGUCAAUAGCGAGAACAAUUGUACCAAAGGUAGACGUACGAAACGUUAGGUAAAUAGUAUAUUCAGCCGUAUAUUGUGUAAAUGUCUUGCGAUAGAGAGAUAUGCUAAUGGACAAAGUCAGAGUGUAAUAACAUGUAAGCCUUUGGGACUUAUCUGAACGUCGUCGUUAAAGUAUUGAAUUAAAUGUUUCACAAUUUUAUGAUGUAUUACGAGGAGAUAAAUAAUCGAGGGGAAUAUUAAUAUUUUUACAGGCAACUUCUAUAGAAUUUGUAUAAGAAUUUAAAAAUGGUACAAAAUAGUCCCGCGGGUUUCACACCAUCGUAUAUUUAUAUAUUAGAAAUUACAUUUUAUCCAAGAAGAUCGAGGAAUGUAACAAUUAUUUAUUUAUAACAAUCGUGUAUGCGUCUAAGAGAGCGAGCCUAAGAAUUUUAAGUUAUUUUAGCAGGAUCCCGUGUUGUAAAUUUCGUCGUGCAAUACGAUCGAACGGGAUUCGAGUGUAAAUAUAUCGAAUAAACGACGAGGUACUCGGAUAGCUUUGGUAAUUACCCCUAGUAGCCAGUCGCGAUUGUAAAUGUUACAAAAAUUGACGAGUUUAUCUGGUUUAAUUUUCACAGAGCUUGCAUUUAAAGAAACAUACUAUCAAUGUUAUAUCUUCUUUUUAUAAAUCGUUGUAAAUAGGCAAUUCUAUCUUCUAUCUUUUCUAUUCUUUUCAUCACGUUUCGUUAAGGUUGCAUCGAUUGCCAAAGAGUCGCCACGAUAUAAAACUGAAAACCGCGUAGAUUUAAUCACGUGCGACAAAACAAGCAGAGCCUAUUUCUUUUUCGCCGCUUAUGCGUGUUGCGAAUGUAAAAUCGUUGCGUCGAGAUUGCGCAAAUAGAUCGCGAGUUCCGCGCGAUUUACCAGCUUAACUUGUAACGAGUACAAUGAACCUUGUAUUAUUCCAAGCGACACGGUAGAAUGUAAAUAUUCAUUUUGUAACGUCGUUUAUAAUUCAUCGAAGAAAAAAAGUUUCGUCUCACGUGUCUAAAAAUUUAAUCGAUUUUCAUUCCCCUAUAAUCUUCGUGUUUCCUUACGACUAAUAAAAUAACACAAUAAGAUAAUUAGUUGGUUGCAUGUUAUGAGGAAUUUAAAAACACAAAGAUGGAACAACCCACAUAGUAUAGAAAAUAAUAUAAAAUAUCCAAAGCGCAGUACAAUUUAUUUAUGUAUAGUAUUUAAUUCGUAUUUUUUAUGUCUCGAUCUCGCUUUUAUUUCAAAGAAAAGUUUUCAAGAAAUUUUGAAGUAUAAUUUUAUUAAAUUUAAGAAAUUUUCUACAGAUAGAAAAUAAUCUAAAAGAUACGAGGGGGUUAGUAGGUAAAAUAAAUUUGUUCUUAGUAGUAUUCAUAAAAGGAUAAAUUUGCAUAAUUGUCCGCGAUCUAAUAUGCAAUUAAGUUGAACAUGGAGAUAACAACACGUUGCAUUGUGUGAUGAUAAAAAUUUUAUUUACAAAUGCGACAAAUGUAGGAAUUUUGCUUACCAGUGACGUAUCGGAGAGGAACGAGCGUAACGGUUGAUCGAUUAUCGAUCGCUAUACUUUCAGGAUUUUCCUAAUAAUAGUUAACGCUUUUAUCCUUCCCCUGAAAUCGUCGCUACAUAAUUUUCUCCGGUAUCUUCCUAAACGCCGUUCUUUAGUCGACGGUACGUCGUUCUCUCCGUGAAAUCACUGAUAGAGGAGAGAUUCACUGAGAUGUAACAAUAAUAAACUUUACAUUAAAUACGAUUAGAAUCUAGCUAUUUUUUUUCUUUUUUUUUAAGGACUAUGCGGAGUGUUACAGUAAUAGAAAUAUUUAUUUUCCAAGGAGAAGGGGUUCGUCUUGCGGGAUACUUUCUGGAAAAAUCGAGGGUGGGCCGUGUCGAAGGGGAACGGGGAUGAUGGAGGGACAAAUAGGGGGAGGGGAAAUAUAUUUUUUUUUCAUUUGAAGUUUCAAAGGAUAACAUCACAGCAUUGACAUAUCAACAUCGAAACGAUCAAAGCAUCGCGCUCCUCGAGACUCGUCGACGACGAAAUUAAUCGUCGAUCAAGUCGAUCGAUCGUGUGUUUCCUAUCUACUCCUUCCGAUUAUUAAUUUCGAAGUUUCUUCUGCCGAAGUUGAAUCGAUUAGAGGUAAGAAUUUUGUUAACCGUCGAGGAACUCUCGAAGGGCGCGCUGCCACGGCCGUAACACUUUUCAUUUUUGCUAUAGAACAAUUUACAACAUCUCGUUUAAUUAAUCACUUCAAUUCCGUCUCCGAAGAACCGCAGCUCGCGCACACUGAACCGCAAAUUCUCUCGUUCUCCUCUUUUCCUCCUUUCUUUUUCUUUUUUUUUUUUUUUUUUUUUUUAUUCAUCCGUUUCUU